AUGUUCACCAAGUCUCUCAUCGCCCUCUGCGCCAUGGCCUCCACUGCCAUGGCCGUCUCCAACACCAUCAACUUCGUCUACUCGGCCUCCUCCUUCUCCGGCAUCCAAGGCUCCGGCAACUCCUACUCCGAGGGUUUCAACCUCAUCGACGGCGAUGGCAACGUGCUUUACAACAGCGACUACCCCGAUGGGUACGCUCCCUGCAUGGAUGGCAGCAACAACAUCAAGAUCACCUCGGACUGCUGGUCGGGCACUUACACCUUCCGGUGCACGUCUGCCUUUGACGGCAGCCCUGAGUCGUGCAGCGUUGUUGACGCCGACGGAAACGAGACUGCUGGCGAGGCGGACGAGAGCUUGUCUUUCACGGGCAUCAGUGCCGGCAUUGAUGGGACUUGUGGUGGCGUUAUUACCACUGAUAGUGAUGCUGCUUGCUCGGCUGAUAGUACGUUUACUAUUGAGGGACGCUACCGUGGGGACUAUGAUGCUUCUGCGUAA